CGAGAACAAGUUUCUUUCUUUCUGGCUCUUCUCAUCGCCGUGCCCUACUAACCAUUCUUCGUCUCUUCAGCUACAUUCUGCUCGUGAAAAUGACUGCCAAUGAUGUUUCCACUGGUGUUUCCAAUUGCUAUGUUUUCAAAAGUCGGUUGCAGGAGUAUGCUCAGAAAUACAAGCUCCAAACGCCUGUUUAUGAGACUGUCAAAGAAGGCCCUUCACACAAAUCUUUCUUUCAAUCGACAGUGAUACUGAAUGGUGUCAGAUAUAAUUCUUUGCCUGGAUUCUUCAAUCGUAAGGCUGCAGAGCAAUCAGCUGCCGAGGUUGCUCUCCAGGAAUUAGCAAAAUCCAGUGAGCUAAGCCAAUGUGUUUCACAACCUGUUCAUGAAACGGGGUUAUGCAAGAACCUUCUUCAAGAGUAUGCUCAAAAGAUGAAUUACGCGAUUCCAUUGUAUCAGUGCCAAAGGAUAGAAACUCUUGGGAGAGCUACACAAUUCACAUGUACUGUAGAGAUUGGAGGCAUAAAGUACACAGGAGCUGCAACAAAAACUAAAAAAGAUGCUGAGAUAAGCGCUGGGAGAACUGCUCUUUUAGCAAUCCAGUCAGACUCUAAAAACAACCUUGCCAACUACAACACUCAGCUUACUGUACUUCCUUGUGAGAAGAAGACAUUACUGGCACCGAUCCCACUUAAAGAAACCGUCCAGACUCUAAAAGCCAGGAAGGCUCAGUUCAAGAAGAAAGCUCGGAAAGGAAAACGCAAAGUAGCUAAGACUCCUGCAGAUGUUAUCAUCCCUCCUCAACCUACUGAUCAUUGUCAAAACGAUCAGUCAGAGAAAAUUAAGACGACGGUUAAUCUGGAACCUUCUUCAUGCAUGAACGGGUUAAAGGAGGCAGCAUUUGGGAGUGUGGAGACAGAGAAAAUUGAGACAACGCCAAAUCUGGAACCUUCUUCAUGCAUGAACGGUUUAAAGGAGGCAGUAUUUGGGAGUGUGGAGACAGAAGCAAGCCACGCAUAACAGUGUCAAGAUGGAGUCUUGUGAGUUUGUCAUAGUAACUAUUUGGUUAUGUAGCCAUUUUGUGAUUCCUAUCUAGUCUAGUGUUCACAGAUUGAAGAGAAGUAAUAUUUGAGCGGAUCAUCAAAACUAAUAUGAUUGAUAUAAUACUAUUUGGUCGAUUGAGUCAUUCGAAUAAAGUAAUGUGAGGUUG